AUGUCGGGAGCUCCGUACAACUACUCCUACAUUUUCAAGUAUAUCAUCAUUGGAGACAUGGGUGUCGGCAAAUCAUGUCUACUGCACCAAUUCACUGAGAAGAAAUUUAUGGCUGACUGCCCACAUACGAUUGGCGUCGAGUUCGGCACUCGUAUCAUCGAGGUCAGCGGACAGAAGAUCAAAUUGCAAAUCUGGGACACGGCCGGACAAGAGAGGUUUCGUGCUGUAACUCGUUCAUAUUACCGCGGUGCUGCUGGAGCUUUAAUGGUUUACGACAUCACACGGCGCUCGACGUAUAAUCAUCUGAGUAGCUGGCUUACAGAUGCGAGAAACCUGACCAAUCCUAACACAGCCAUAUUUUUAAUCGGUAAUAAGUCGGAUCUAGAUGGACAGAGGGAUGUGCCUUAUGAAGAGGCGAAAGCCUUCGCAGAAGAAAAUGGUCUGACCUUCCUUGAAUGUUCAGCGAAAACCGGUGAUAACGUUGAAGACGCGUUCUUAGAAACAGCGAGGAAAAUUUACCAAAAUGUGAAGGAUGGGAGUAUCGAUUUGAAUGCAGCGGAUACUGGUGUCCAACCGAAGCAGAUUUUGCCCAGAGCAGCAGCGAAUGCUGGUCAGGAGAAGAAAGAUUGCAACUGUUAA